UCUCUAACUUUUAGAUCAUCCUUUAUCUCUCUAGAUUAAAAAAAAAUAUACAAUACCACUCCCUUUAUUACAUGUACAAAAAAACCUAGGUGCAUUUUUUUUUUUGUACCUUCUUUCAUUUAUUUGAUCAGUAAAGUGAAAAAGAAACCCUAGUUUUUUUUUUUUUUUGAUCGGUGAAGGUAUGGCAUCUGGUGGUAGGCCAACAAGUAAUUCAUCGGGUUUUGAUUUUGGGUCAGAUGAUAUUCUUAGCUCUUAUGAAGAUUAUCCUCCACAUCAAGGUGCCGUUAAUGGGACCCAUCACUCUGAUCCUUCUAUUGCUACUAAUUCUGCUAAGGAGUUCCACAAAAGUAGAAUGACGAGAUCAUCAAUGUUGCCCGCUUCGACAUAUGGUGGUCCACCAGAAGAAUCUUCCUUCAAUCAAGACAUGAUAACUACUGUUGAGAAGACCAUGAAAAAAUAUGCGGACAAUCUCAUGCGUUUUCUAGAGGGAAUAAGUUCACGCUUGUCGCAGUUGGAAUUAUACUGUUACAAUCUUGAUAAGUCCAUCGGGGAAAUGCGGUCUGAUUUAGUUAGGGAUCAUGGUGAGGCAGAUUCGAAACUGAAGGCUCUUGAGAAGCAUGUUCAAGAGGUCCACAGGUCUGUACAGAUUCUGAGAGAUAAGCAAGAACUCGCUGAAACUCAGAAGGAGCUGGCUAAGCUUCAGUUUGCGCAGAAAGAAACAGCUUCAGCCAGCAAUUCUCAGCAGAAUGAGAACAGGAACGUUCAGCCUGUGUCUGAUUCCAAUAAAGGUGACAACUCAACUGAUGUGCAUGGACAACAACUAGCACUUGCUCUACCCCAUCAAGUAGCACCCCGCGCUCCUAUUACUAACCGACCCGUCGAGCAGCCACAUCAACCACCUCCACCACCAAUUCCAUCUCAAAGUUUGACGCAGUCGCAAGGCUACUAUUUACCCCCAGCGCAGAUGUCAAAUCCACCAGCUCCAAGUCACUUGUCCCAAGGUCAAUACCUGCAAUCUGACCCCCAGUAUCGAACUUCUCAAAUGCAAGAUCCUUCUAGGGUACCACCCCAGCCAGCAGCACCUCAGGGGAAUCAGACUCCACAAAUCCAGUCAAUGCCCCAGUAUCAGCAGCAAUGGGCACAACAGGUACCUCAACAGGUUCAAGCACCCCAACAGGUUCAACAGCAUCAGCAAGCACCCCAACAGGUUCAACAGCAUCAGCUUCCAACUGUGCAACAGCAAGCUAGACCCUCAUCACCAGCUGUUUAUCCCUCUUAUCCCCCCAGUCAACCGAAUCCUUCUCCUGAACCAGUCCCCACCAAUAGCAUGCCAAUGCAAGUGUCAUUUUCCGCGAUCUCUCAAUCAGUUGCAAGCCGUCCAGAGGCGAUGUCCUACGGGUAUGAUAGGUCUGGCAGGCCGAUUCAGUCACAACCCUCGACCCAGCAUCUCAAGCCUUCGUUUGGUGCUCCAGGGGAUGGGUAUGCAGCUAGUGGGCCCCAUCCUUCCCUUUCUGCAAGAGAUGCAUAUUUGAUGUAUGACAGUGAAGGCGCAAGGGGACAUCCACAACAACCACCUAAUUUCCCACAAAGUGGCUAUCCUCCCUCCAGCUACCCUCCCCAGAGCGCACAGUCCGUCCCCAGCCCAAAUCUCAUGGUUCGUCCACCACAGUUGAUGCGCACGCAUCCUUACAAUGAAUUAAUUGAGAAGCUGGGAAGCAUGGGCUACAGGGGAGAUCAUGUGGUUAAUGUGAUCCAGAGGCUCGAGGAGAGUGGUCAGACAGUUGAUUUCAAUGCUGUGCUUGAUAGGCUGAAUGGACAUUCUUCAGGUGGUCCUCAGAGAGGAUGGUCGGGUUAGGUCAGCAGCCCAAUCUUUCUUAUCUGAAAAAGUGAAAGACAAUUUGACUCGAAUAUUAUCUAUUUUGCUUAAUAAGGGUCAUAUAAGUAGGCAGUUGAUGAUGGGCAUAUGGCGCUAUCGUGCUGUGUAUUGUAUAUUUGCCAUGUCUUACGCCUGAAGUUUUAUUAGAUGUAAGGCAACAUGCUUUCAAAUAUUGUAAUGUAGGAGAAUUGAUGACUACCUCUUUUUAAGAUUGAAAGUGUUCUCUCGUUCUUGUCCUUUGAUUAA